AUGAAAGUAUUUUUUUACAUUCAAACAAUUUUAUCUGCUGAAAAUAAUUUAUCUAUUGUAAUUCCUCAAAGAAAUAUUAUACCCAAUGAUGUAUUUAAACUAGCUACAGAAACCUAUUUAACUUAUCAUAGAUCAAGCGCACAUCUUAAUAACCCAGACAUAAAAUAUUUAGAUGAUAAACAUGAAAUAUUAGUUUAUUUAUUAACAAACUUAUACUAUUCAAAACGUGAAUUUCAAUCUUCACCAAAAGUUUGUAUGAUUUCAAGAAAUAUUCUUAUUGAUAGAAUGGAACCAUCAGAUAUCCUUUAUAAUUUUAUUAAUGGUAAAGAUAUUAUUUUUUCAAUUAAUAUUAGUGGAGUGAUAUUCAUUUAUAACAGUUUUUUAAACACAUAUUUUGAUAAGAUUAAAAAACUAACAAAAGAAUUUAUAAACAGCCAUUUAUAUUUGACUGAAGUACAAACAGAAUUUUCAAUGACAACUGGAGUUAGAAAUUUAAAGAAAACUUUUAAAAAACCAUUAGCAGAUGAUUAUUUUUAUCCUAUUAAUUAUUUAGAAGUUCUAUUAUUAAAGAUAUUAAAAAACGGUGAUGAUAAUGUUAAAAGCCAGGGUAGACCAUUGUUAGUUCAUAUCAAGGAGUAUAAGUAUUUUUGUCUUUUUAAAGAAGCACAUAAAAACACAAUGGAAUGUUUAUAUACCAAUUUAUCACAAUCAAUUUCUAAAUUGAAUGAGUUGGAUAUUCUAAACAAUGAAACACAUCAAGAAAUCCUUAAAUUUAAUUUGAUAAAUAAUCAAACAAAUAAUUUGAUUAAGAACAUUUUUAACUCUAAAACGACUGAUGUGUUUUUGUUGAUGACAAGUAUUUUUAAGAUAAAAGAACAAUUUCCAAGUAUAAAGGAAAUAGAAAACUUAGUAAGUCAAGCAAUGGAUGGGUAUUUUUUAGCUCUGUUGUUAUUGCAAGUUAUAGAUAAAAAUUUAAAUGAUAUUGUUGUUGGUAUAAAAAAUAGAGAAACACAUUUUAUACUUAAUAACUUUGAGCAUAUAAAACAAAAAGCUAAUCUUCCUCCUGAUACCAAAAUUAACUAUUUUAAAGACAGAUUUAUUGAAUAUGAAAAUAAGAGGCUCGGUGGAGAAUUUGAAUUUUUAAAUGAUUUAGAUUUUGAGAUUGAUAAAUUUCAAGAUUCAUCAAUUUUAAAUAUUGAUUUUAAGUUAAAUUAUGUGAAAUCAAAAUUAAAGGAAAGUUAUUGUUACAGUGAUGAAGAUUCAGAAGAAUUUAAAUUUAUACAAGAUCUUUACUUUUUAUAUUUAAAAAAUAAGAACCAAUUUUUAAAAAACGUGAAUGAUAUUUUAAAGUGUUUUGAUUUAAAUAAGUAUAUUUUUGAAAGACAAUUUCUUAAUAAAAUGGACUGUUUUUAUGAUUUAAAAAUUAAACUAGAAAAUAUAAUCUUUCUUAUUAAUAAGAAAAUUAAUAGUUCUUUGACCAGUAAAGAUCGUGAUGGUUUAAAUAAUUUUAAGUUUUUGAUAGAACAUUUUUAUAAUUUAUGUGAAUUUAUUUCGUUAUCAGAAUCUAAUUUUGAUUUUUUAAAAAACUUAACAGAAUUAUUUAAUGUGGUUAAUUUUUUAUCAAAUUAUUAA